UAAUAAAAAAGCUUUGAGUGGAAGUCACAUGCUUCCUGUCUAGAGUGGAGCUCCAGUCUGCAGAUAGACUACUUUGGAACGCUGGAUGCGCUUGCCGAGCCCGGCCUAUGAGUUUAUGUUAUAAAGCAUUAUGGGUAAUUUUACCAGUAGUAAAGAUGGCGAUGAUCGCUGCUGUAAUAUCGAUACCAAUUCCUUGUGUAUAAACGACCAAUCAGCACGACCGGAAUUUAUGUACACGCCCACUGAUUGCGCUGAGUUGUCAAACAGUUGUGUCCAGUUUCGCAUUUCUCAUUGGCUGCCUGCCCUGUCAAUUACCAGAAUUCUUGUUUAUUUUAAGACAAGUUUAUUAUUGGUCACUUCUAUAGGAUUGUUUUCCCUGCAUUUGGAUUGGUCAGAAUACGCUACAACUGGAAUCUGAUUUGAUGAUCAAUUCUUCUUUGAUUUGAGUUGUCGAGCUAUACGCGGCCUUUUAUAAUUGACACUUUAAUUGUCCUAUCAUGAGCCGGUUCCCUAGCCACCUCACACUAUGAUUAGUCAGUGCUGUCCAGCCCCUUGCUUGUGAUUGGCUGCGCCUAUAUUAAUGGCUCAACGCCGGGCUGCUCGAUACUUGCGCCCCCCAGCUGGGGUCCCUGUGUCCAGGAGCCCGACCUAUCGCUCCUUACUGGUGCUGGGCGCCGGGGUCUUAUUGGGGGCCGCGCUACUGCUCUGGGAGGCCGGUGGCGGAGCUCAGGAAAAGGCUGUGGAGAGGGGGAGACAGAAUGCCCCCAGCAGUCUCUCCAGCAGUCUCCUUAAACAGCUGGUGUCCAGAGUAGAUGAGAAGCGUCUGUGGUCGUCCUUCCUGACACCAAUGCUUAUUGAGAGAUCACCGGGGAGUCCAGGGAACCGAGCAGUGAGAGAGCUUAUCUCCAAUCACCUGCGGUCUCUGUCUUCAAGGUGGGUUGUCGACUUGGACCUGUUUGACUCUGUGACCCCUCGUGGUACAUUACCUUUUGGGAAUGUGGUAGCCACAUUAGAUCCCUCUGCUAGUCGCCGUCUGGUGCUUGCCUGCCAUCUGGAUUCCAAGUGGUUCCCUGUAGACAAGAGAGGACGUCCUUUUGUUGGCGCCACUGACUCUGCUGUCCCCUGUGCUCUCAUACUAGAGGUUGUCACCGCUCUGGACACUUUGCUUGGGGAGCAUAAGAAGAAGGUGAAUUUUGUCUUCUAGACCGAUCUAUCCUCCAAGAAAUCAUGAAAUGUAUUAUUAUCUGGUUCCAUGUUUUGUUAAUACCUUUUGCAUGGCCUCAUGUCAGUAUUUAUUACCACUAACCUUUUAAAGAAUGACCAUAUUGCCUCC